AUGGCUAUAUUCAGCAAGGAGACUCACUUUGAAAUGACCUCUGUCUCCAAUUCCUAUUAUCCUGAUGAACCAACGGCGCCAAAGGUAGUGACGGAUACGAUCCCUGGGCCUAAGUCUCAGGAGGCUAUCCGUGACCUCGAAGGGGUCUUUGAUAGCCGUGCCGCAUACUUUGUGGCGGACUACGAUAAAUCCAUUGGUAACUACAUUGCAGAUGUGGACGGUAACAUGUACUUGGACAUGUAUGCCCAGAUUGCCUCCAUCGCACUUGGCUACAACAAUCCUGAGCUGAUCAAGGCAGCAACCUCCUCAGAGAUGGUGCGGGCCCUGGUCAACCGACCUGCGCUGGGCAACUUCCCGGGCUGCGAUCUCAGGGAAAUUCUGGCACGACUACUGCGCUUGGCGCCUGCAGGCCAGGACAAAGUGUGGUCGGGGCUGUCGGGAUCUGACGCCAAUGAGCUGGCAUUCAAAGCUGCUUUCAUCUAUUAUCGCUCGAAGAAGCGCGGCUACGACAAGGAGUUUUCCGCGGAAGAACUGUCAAGCGUCAUGGGCAAUUCGGCGCCAGGCUCGCCCCAACUAGCAGUGCUUUCGUUCAAGAGCGCAUUCCAUGGGCGGCUCUUUGCAUCUGGUUCCGCCACAUGCUCAAAACCCAUCCACAAGCUUGACUUUCCCUCGUUCCCAUGGCCCCAUGCAGACUAUCCCUCGUACGAGUAUCCGCUCAAUGAUCAUACAGAGGUAAACCGCAAGGAAGACGAUCGCUGUCUGGCGAUCGUGGAAGAGAUUAUUAAGUCAUGGCAUGUUCCAAUCGCUGCCCUGAUCAUUGAGCCUAUUCAAUCAGAGGGUGGGGACCACCAUGCCUCCAGUUACUUCCUUCAGCGCCUGAGAGAUAUCACGCUGGAACACGGCGUCGUAUACAUCAUCGACGAAGUUCAGACGGGCGUGGGUGCAACGGGGAAAUUCUGGUGCCACGAAUGGGCUAACAUACAGCCGCCCUGCGACAUGGUGACCUUUUCCAAGAAGUUCCAGUCCGCAGGUUAUUUCUUUCACGACCCUCUUUUUGUCCCCAACAAGCCAUACCGCCAAUUCAAUACCUGGUGUGGCGAUCCGGCCCACAUGAUCAUUGCCGGCGCCAUUGGCCAAGAAGUCAUCGACAAAAAGCUCCCUGAUCAGUGUGCUCGCGUCGGUGACUAUCUCUACACAAAACUAGACGCCCUUCGCGCCCAAUAUCCGCAUCUCAUGCAGCGCCUACGUGGCCGCCACCGCGGCACUUUCAUUGCCUGGGAUCUCCCCGACACCGAGACAAGGGACCACAUGCUCAAAAAACUCAAGCUAGCUGGUUGCAAUGUAGGUGGCUGUGCGGAACGAUCCGUGCGCCUCCGUCCGACUUUGGCCUUCGAAGAGAAGCAUGCGGAUGUCUUUGUCGCAGCCUUGGAGCAUGUCUUGACAGAACUGUAA